AUGCCUGCCCCUUUGGAGACCUGCCUCUCCGACCUCGACUGUGCUAGCAGCAACAGCACCAGCGACCUGGCCAGCUUCCUGGCCGACGAAGAGGGCAGUGACAAGCUCCAAUCCCUAGCUUCCACCUCGGGGCUGUCCGGGCCAGCCCGCCGAAGCGCACCCACUAUCUCGAAUGUUCCUGGUGCGCAGGACGAAGAACAGGAACGGCGGCGUCGGCGAGGUCGCGCGCGGGUGCGGUCCGAGGCGCUACUGCACUCCCUGCGAAGGAGCCGUCGGGUCAAGGCCAACGAUCGCGAGCGCAACCGCAUGCACAACCUCAACGCUGCUCUGGACGCACUGCGCAGCGUGCUGCCCUCGUUCCCCGACGACACUAAACUCACCAAGAUUGAGACACUGCGCUUCGCCUACAACUACAUCUGGGCGCUGGCUGAGACACUGCGCCUGGCAGAUCAAGGGCUUCCCGGGGGCAGUGCCCGGGAGCGCCUCCUGCCUCCGCAGUGUGUCCCCUGUCUGCCUGGGCCCCCGAGCCCGGCCAGCGAUGCAGAGUCCUGGGGCUCCGGAGCUGCUUCCUCCCCCUGUGCCACUGUAGCAUCGCCACUCUCUGAUCCCAGUAGUCCCUCAACCUCAGAAGACUUCACCUAUGGCUCUGGCGACCCCCUUUUCUCCUUCCCUGGCCUGCCCAAAGACCUGCUCCACACGACGCCCUGUUUCAUCCCAUACCACUAG